GUCCGCUUCAUAAGGGCUGUUUACGAAAUCGCCGUUCAAGGCAAGUUCCGGUGUUGUGACUACCACUUGGAAAAUCAUUCAAGCCGACUCGUUGUUUGUUCCUGGAACAUGUCUUCCGUACACACGGUGUUUGACUGCUGUACUGAUUGUUGUAUCCAGAAGGCAUUCAAUAGCACCUUCAAGUGGACAGGAGACAGGCAGUCGCCCGUCAAUAUUGUGCCACAAAGAGUUGUUCCGGAUCCGUCACUGAGCGACAAACCAUUGAAGUGGUCGGGUGGUGGCCUGUGUUGUACGAGUGUCUCCAACACCGGUGCCACGUGGCAGGUGAACGUCAAGGCACGGGGACCUAACAUACGCGGAGGACCUCUGCAUCAUGACUACCAACUGGACCGGUUGCACGCACACUGGAGCAAGAACAGCGAAACCGGCAGUGAACACACUGUGGAUGGGAAAUACUACGCCGGCGAACUGCAUCUGGUGCACUACAACACUGAAUUGUACAAGUCGUUCACGGAGGCUACUUCGUCUGAACAUGGGCUCGCGGUGCUGGCUGUGUUCUUGAAAGAAGGUGCGCCCAACUCGCAGCUGAAAGGCGUCGUCGAUUGCAUCCCGUACAUCACAUACAAAGGAAUGAAGUGUGCACUGCAGCAGCCGUUAGACGUCGACUCGCUGAUUCCCGCGGGGAGUUCGUACUGGACGUACGAAGGCUCCCUGACCACGCCGCCUUGGUACGAGAACGUGACUUGGAUUGUCUACAAGCAGCCCAUCGAAGUGUCGCCAGAGCAGUUGGUGGCAUUUCGCAAGUUGAUGUCUUACGAGGAAAAAGCUGAUCAGCAGAAGUCAGCCGAUGGCCCCAUUGACAGCAACGUGCGACCCACGCAACCUCUCAAGCGCCGCGUUGUGCGAGAGCCCUUGGGAAAGCAGGGGCACGAAGGCCCUCUUCAUUAGGUGGCCUUACCCCGAGCACGUGUCGCGACAUCAGGGCACUCAGAACUAGAGUUUGCCAUCGAGAACUGAGGGGUUGACAGGACGUAGCGCAAAAUUGCUGUAACAGUAGAAAUUGUGCCCUUAAAUGAA